UCUGUAUACAUUACAUAGUCAUCGAUAGUCGGCGGCCGGCGGUGCACCGUGGGAUCUCCGUAACCUGCUCCGACCACUUGUGGACCGUCGUGGACUUUGUGCGUCGCACCGUUUCCUGGAAGCGACAAUUCGUUUCGUUGCAUCAUCAUCGAUUAGUCUCGACUAGGCUCGACUUGACACCAUCCUUUUGGCAAUCGAACAAUCCUCGAAAAAUGGCGAACGAUCGCUUGGACAUAAUAGUGUUCGGUGCUACUGGAUACACCGGGAAAUUUGCAGUGCAGAAGACAGCAUAUUUUUGUAAGCAGGAGAACAUGACGUUCGGUGUUGCUGGUCGUAGAAAGGAAGCUCUCGAAGCUGUAAUCAAAGAAUUUGCUCCAGAUAGCGAGAAUGUACCCAUCAUUCUGGCUGAUGUGAAAGACGAAGAAUCUAUCAAGAAGAUGACGGAACAGGCAAAAGUCAUCGUCAAUUGCUGCGGCCCGUACAGAUUUUAUGGAGAGCCGCUGGUUAAGGCAUGCAUUGCCACUGGUACUCAUCACGUUGACGUCAGUGGAGAGCCACAGUACAUGGAAAAGAUGCAGUUGCAAUAUAACAAAGCGGCGCAAGAAGCUGGCGUUUACGUAGUGAGCGCCUGCGGAUUCGACAGUAUCCCCACCGAUCUGGGAAUCAUUUUUACGCAGGAAAAGUUCGGUGGGCAGAUCAACAGCAUCGAAACGUACAUCGUUCUGCAGCAAGCUGCCGGUGUACGAGGUCCAUGCCUUAAUUACGGCACUUGGGAAUCGGCGGUGUACGGCCUCGCCCAUGCGAAUGAACUGCGAGAGCUGCGCACGAAACUGUACCCGAACAGAUUACCCGACCUCAAGCCGAAGUUAAAGUCGCAGGGUAUGGUGCACCGAAGCGACAUUUCUCCGGGGUGGUCAAUGCUGUUUCUCGGCUCCGAUCGUUCCGUGGCUCUGCGCUCGCAACGAUUCCUCUACGAGAAGUACAAAGAGAGGCCUGUGCAAGUACAGACCUACAUCACGGUCGAAUCAUUCUUUGCCUUGCUGACGGUCAGUAUCGUUGGCGCAGUCUUCUCUCUUUUGAGUCGCACAUCGUGUGGUCGUAAUUUACUUCUGAGGUAUCCGCGUCUGUUCUCGUGCGGUUUUGUCAGUCGCGACGGCCCGGAUGCGAAAACGCUCGACCAGAUGCAUUUCUCCGUUACGUUGAAAGCCCUGGGAUGGACUGAAAAGCUGGCUGAACCUACCGACAACCAUACCGAUCCGCCGAAUAAAACAGUAAUUACAAAAGUCAGCGGUGAUUCCCCAGCGUAUGGUAUGACUUCCACUGCACUGGUUUUAACAGCGGUUACCAUUCUUAAGGAAAAAGAUAAAAUGCCGGACAACGGUGGAGUACUUCCUCCUGGCGCUGCGUUCGGUAAGACAUCUUUGAUCGAGAAGCUGAAUAAACACGGUGUUAAAUUCGAGGUGAUCUCGUCUACUGAGAAAUAAAAAGGUUCCGUAUACUUCUCGUUGAGUGUUCCGAGGGAGGAAGAGAUGAAGUUUUCUAACGCGUUUUGUAUUUACGUUUGAUUUUUUUAUUUUAAUACUUUUAUGGCUUUUGGGGAAUAACACAUUACGCAUUUUAUAUAUACACAUAUCUCACAAUACUUCCUUUCUCUUUUCAGUAGAGAAAAAAAAACAUUUAUAAAACAUGUAUAAAUGUUAAUACAGCUAAAUAAUGCGUAACGGAAGUGAGUGUGAUUGCAGUAUAGUGAUUAACACGUUCGCCACCGGUAUCAAAUAUGCAUGACGCACUAUAUGCGUGUUCGAGAUAGCGAUUUCUUUAUUUCACUUCCGUAAAGAUAAGUAAAGUCUUUUUAUCUUUUCAAUAUAAAAAAUAAAAAAAUAUGGGAUGGUCUCUCUCUCUGUGGUGGAUGAUUUUCUAACUAGCGAACAUGUUGAGAAAAGCGUCAUGCGUGUGCUAUGCAUUUUAGAUUUGUUGAAUCGAGAGAAUAAAAAAAGAUUAUAUUUGUCUAUCUAGAAGCGUUGUGUUAAUGAUGCAAACACUAAUAUUAUAUUGUUAUCUUAAAAAUAAGGGAAAUAUUUUUUAAGUUAUUAUGCACCUCAUAUGUCAGACUUUGAGAUGAGAUAAUUAAAUUUUAAUUAAAAAAAAUUAGUUAUCGCUUCGUGACUGUGUUUAUAAAAAAAUUAUUCCGUGAAGAGUAUAUUCCAAAUUAAUAUACCGUUUUCAGUCAUUCGUAUGUGCGUUAUACAUGUUUUAUUAAUAUGAGAAUAAUUAUAUAUCUGUUCACUUUUUUUAAUUAUCUGUAUAAGUACCGUUAACAAUAACGAAUUAUAACCGCUGUUAUUUCGGAGAUAUGAAGUGAGCAAAGGUGAUCUCUAGAAGUAUAUGUGCAAUAUUGCAAUUUCGAAAGAUUAUAUAAUGUUGAAUUUCAGAGGGUGCGGAGAAAAGAUUUAUGUUUGGGAUGGUAUAAAGCACAAUGUAAGGUUUUUUUGUAGUUUGUUAUAUAUUAACCAUUUUUUUAUUAUAAUAAAUUUAUUAACAUACA